UUUAACUUUGUUCGUAUGUUAACGUCGUUAAACCACAAAGACUAAGGUGUGAGGUUAGAUUCAUAUUGUAAUAUUCGGGAAAAAGAAAAGGGAAAGAAAAACCAUUUUCUUAAACAAUUGGACAGGAUUUUGUCAGUUUAGUGUAUAUAUAUAAAUAUUAGCCAGUAUGAGGCAGAGUACUGGUUGGGCUAGUGCUGUGUUUAACUCUCAGUAAAACACUUCCCUGGUAGCUCCCCCGUUAAGGUAGCAAGUAUAAAAGUGGAUCAUACUGUCCUGAUUCCAGAUCCCAGAAUUUUCUCAGCAUUCCAUUCCAUUCCAUUCUUUCCCUUUUGGCCUUUCCAAAUCCUUUGAUCAGAAACAACAAAAUGGGUUUCCAAGGCGGCGUUGCAGAUGAAGAAUCAGGCACCGAAUUGUCCACAAAAUCGAAAUUCAGAUACAACUCGCCACUCGUCCAAGUCUCCCUCAUAGGCUUGGUAUGUUUCUGCUGCCCCGGAAUGUUCAACGCCCUUUCCGGGAUGGGAGGAGGAGGGCAAGUCGAUCCGACCGCUGCCAACAACGCCAACACUGCCCUUUACACCACUUUCGCUGUUUUUGGCAUCCUGGGCGGGGGCAUUUACAACGUCCUCGGACCCCAUCUCACCCUUGCUGCUGGCUGCAGCACUUAUGUCCUUUACGCCGGCUCUUUCCUCUACUACAACCAUCAUAAACACCAGGCUUUUGCAAUUGCGGCAGGUGGCCUUCUUGGCGUUGGCGCUGGCUUUCUUUGGGCCGGUGAAGGCGCUAUUAUGACUUCUUAUCCUCCACCGAAUCGAAAGGGCACUUACAUCUCCCUGUUUUGGAGCAUUUUCAACAUGGGUGGAGUUAUUGGUGGCCUUAUUCCUUUUAUUCUGAAUUACCACAGAAACGAGGCGGCUUCUGUAAAUGAUGCCACUUAUAUUGGCUUCAUGUGCUUCAUGUCGGCUGGAACUCUUCUUUCUUUUGCCAUUUUGCCACCCAACAAAGUUGUUCGCGAUGAUGGUACACGUUGCACCAAUGUUAAGUACUCCAGUGUCUCCACAGAGGCAGUCGAGAUUCUCAAAUUGUUUUUCAAUUGGAAAAUGCUCCUUAUUGUCCCUGCUGCUUGGGCCAGCAAUUUCUUUUACAGCUAUCAGUUCAAUAAUGUCAAUGGCCUUCUUUUUAAUCUGAGAACCAGAGGGUUAAACAACGUGUUCUAUUGGGGGGCCCAGAUGUUGGGCUCUAUUGGGAUUGGUUACUUAUUGGAUUUUAGUUUCCAGAGUAGGAGGAUGAGGGGUUUUGUUGGGAUUGGUGUUGUCGCUUUGCUUGGCAGUGCAAUCUGGGGUGGUGGCCUUGCCAAUCAACUCCCCUACUCCCAUGAUCAUCCACCUACGAGGUUGGAUUUCAAGGAAUCUGCUUUUGCCGGUCCCUUUGUUUUGUACUUCAGCUACGGAUUGCUGGAUGCCAUGUUUCAAAGCAUGGUUUAUUGGAUCAUAGGAGCCUUGGCUGAUGAUUCACAGACCCUUAGCAGAUAUAGUGGAUUUUAUAAGGGAGUGCAAAGCGCAGGAGCAGCGGUUGCUUGGCAAGUUGAUACGCACAAGGUUCCAUUGCUUUCCCAGUUGAUUGUAAAUUGGUCGCUCACCACUGUGAGUUAUCCACUGCUGGUGCUUCUAGUCAUGCUAGCUGUAAAAGAUGACAAGAAGACUGAAGAGGAAACUCCCAAGGAGGCCACUGUUCCAUCUUCCAAUAAAGAUAUCAACACUGCUAACUCCACUUAGCUGUUAUUUAUUCUACCGUCUUUCGUCCACAUGCCUGCCAAAGUGGCAUCUUUUUCUUUUCCAACUUUAGACAGCUGUUAUGAUGUGUAUGUUACUACGCCAUUAUUCUCUCCAUUAAAAGGAAAUCACAGUUAAAAAGUUUUAGUGCAAA